AUGCGCGGCCCUCUUCCUUCCGAUCUGCCCAAGUCUCGCGACGGGUAUCACUGGACGCCUCAUGAUGGCGUGAGCCAGGGCCUUCCGACACUUGCCGCUAUCAGGCCGGAAACAAACGUCAACUCCCCCCGGCAGGUCUAUGAUGUUAUCGUUGUCGGUGCCGGAUACGCUGGCCUUACCGCUGCUCGAAAUGCUGUUCGCGAAGGCUUGAACGUUCUUCUCCUGGAAGCUCGUGACCGUAUCGGCGGUCGCACCUGGUCUUCCAACAUCAACGGAUAUGCCUUUGAGCUGGGUGGGACGUGGGUCCAUUGGACCCAACCACACACUUUCCGCGAGGUAUACCAUUACAACAUGAAGGAUGAACUUGAGAUCUCGCAAAAUUACACCACAGGUGUCAACCAUUUCCAAUUGAUCACCUCCGAUGGCGUCAAGACUAUGAGCCAUUUAGCCGAGGACAAACUUCUAGAGAGUGCAGUCAAGAAAUUUGUCGAUAUUGAUGGCAACCUUGGGCGUACUGUGAUGCCCUUCCCUCAUACCCCAGCAUACAACCCCGACGUUGCGAAAUGGGACAAGCUUUCCAUGGCAGACCGCAUCGAGCAGAUCAAAGAUGACCUGACUCCAGCAGAGAAGGCUGCAUUGGAAGGAUUUGUUCUGCUUUGCAGCGGUGGGACGCCAGAGAACACUGGAUUUUAUGAUAUCCUUCGGUGGUGGGCGUUGGGAUUCUACACUUACCAGGGAGUCAUCGACACAUGCGUGACUUUCAAAUUCCACUGCGGUCAAUCUGGAUUUGCGAAACGGUUUUUCGACGAGGCGGCUGGCUCUAAAAAAUUUUCAUAUAUCUUCAACUGUCCCAUUACCGCCAUCAAGGACAACGGCAAAACCGUACAAGUCACUGCCCAGAGUGGCAGGCAAUUUACCGCUUCAAGGCUUGUCUGCACAAUCCCGCUUAACGUUCUCAGUACCAUAGCGUUUGACCCGCCGUUGCCAAAAGCCAAGCAAGAGGCCGUCAAGAUUGGCCAGAUCAAUCUGUGUUCCAAGGUGCACGCAGAGAUUAGGGAUCGAGACCUUCGCUCGUGGAGUGCCAUCGCGCCAUACGACAAGCUGGUGUAUGCUUUCGGUGACGGCACCACCCCUGCAGGAAACACCCACAUUGUUGCUUUUGGUGCAGACCUGAACCCUCUGCACCCUGAAGAUGACAUCGAAACCACCAAGGGAGCUUUCAACCAUUUGGCCCCUAUGGAUGUACAGCGCCUUGUUUUCCACAAUUGGGCACGGGACGAGUACUCACAGGGAGCCUGGUGCAUGUUUGCCCCAAGCGUUGGGACUACCUUUUUAGACGCUCUUCGUGCUCGUCAUGGCAAUAUUUUGUUUGCUAAUUCGGACUGGGCCACCGGUUGGCGCGGGUUUAUCGACGGGGCGAUUGAAGAAGGGGCCAGGGCGGCGCAGAUGGUCCAGCAGGAGCUAGUGGACCCCCACCCCACACCCCGGACCCAGAUUGUAGGAUCCAAGUUAAUGUUUCCAAGCAUAAUUCUAUAUGAACACUCCCUUUUAGCGCCUGGCUACUCCCGUAGUUACCUGUGUUAUAUGAAACUCCGAUCCAAAGUCCAAUUGCAAGCCCCUGACCCUAAACCCUAA